AUGAUCGCACUCGGUCUCGAGGGUUCCGCCAACAAACUCGGCGUGGGCAUAAUCCUGCACUCCCCCAAAGACCAACGCCACCCUGUCCAAAUCCUAUCCAACAUCCGACACACAUAUCACGCUCCUCCCGGCGCGGGCUUCCUGCCCAAGGACACGGCCUUGCACCACCGCAGUCACGUCGUAUCUCUCGUCUCCGCAGCCCUGCGCGAGACGAACCUCACGCCCUCAGACAUUGACUGCAUAUGCUACACCAAGGGUCCCGGGAUGGGUGCACCCUUGCAAUCCGUCGCUCUAGCCGCGCGCACAUUAUCCCUUCUCUGGAAGAAACCCCUGAUAGGCGUGAACCACUGUAUCGGACACAUCGAAAUGGGUCGAUCGAUCACGGGGGCCACCAACCCGGUCGUCCUCUAUGUAUCUGGCGGAAACACGCAGGUGAUAGCCUAUACAUCCAACAGAUACCGCAUCUUCGGCGAAACGCUCGACAUCGCCGUGGGAAACUGCCUGGACCGGUUUGCACGCACGUUGAAUAUCCCCAAUGACCCGGCCCCGGGGUAUAACAUCGAACAACUCGCCAAAUCCGGUAGCGUGUUGGUGGAUUUGCCCUACGCCGUCAAAGGGAUGGAUUGUUCAUUCUCGGGCAUCUUGGCUCGUGUCGACGAACUCGCCGGCCAGGUCAAGAACGGCACCCUGAAAGAUUCGAUGACAGGAAAUACAGUGACACCAGAAGAUCUCUGCUUCUCGCUCCAAGAGACCGUCUUCGCCAUGCUCGUCGAAAUCACCGAGCGCGCCAUGGCCCAUGUCGGCUCGAACCAGGUCCUCAUCGUCGGAGGCGUGGGAUGCAAUGAGCGUCUUCAAGAGAUGAUGGGCACGAUGGCGACGAGUAGAGGCGGCAACGUGUAUGCGACGGACGAGAGAUUUUGUAUCGAUAAUGGCAUCAUGAUUGCACAUGCGGGAUUACUCGCGUAUCAGACCGGGUUUACGACGACCCUAGAAGAAAGCACCUGCACGCAAAGAUUUCGGACUGAUGAUGUGUAUGUUGCAUGGAGGGAUGAUUGA